GGCAGUGACAAAUUAUAUUUUUUAAUUAAUGAUGUUAAGUGUUUUGUGAAAAGUGACAUAAAUUAUUCGCAAGGAAAUUUUCAUGAAGUGUUCCUCAUUCGUAAAAUGCGUGAAAUUGAUACAGAGGCUCCUGUAGUUUGGCCAGCUUGGUGUUAUUCAGGUGACGGAGCCGAGAGCGAAAGUGCGGCAGGCGCGCUGCCGCCUAGCCUUCCCGCCGCCCCCGUGAGGGCGCGCGGCAAACGACGGACGAACCUCAACCACAGCAGCAACCAUUCGACAUCAAUCCACCACCAACUUCAACAUCAACAGAAUCAGCAUCAACUUUCAAUUGCGUCUGGAGUCUCCCAGGCGGCACUUGUCACCCCCGCUAGCAUGAACGGUGCUGCCGGAGCGGAUCAUCACAUGAAUAAUAAUAAUAAUAGUUUAAAUAAUAAUAAUAGCGGUGUUAAUAAUAAUAAUAACAGUAGCAGUCUGAAUAAUAAUCACGCAGUGAAAAGUGAGAGGUUGAGUCCGGGCAGAGCGGCUUUGACGCCGGAUAAUCAGUCCAGUGCUAGCAGGUCUCGGAGUGUAACACCAUCCUCUUCGAGUUACCCAGGAACGCCGCCUCAGAACCCCCACGACCGCGGCCCCAGUCCUGCACAAACGCAAGCCACCAUCAGACACAUGGAGCAAGUCAUGGGGCGAAACUGUUCAGACUUCAUACGCAGCCUGGCUGCCAAAUACAACAACUCAAAUCCUAAUGAUUACUUUGGAGCAGCAAGAAACGGCUUCCCAGCACUCGAUCCUCGAUUCGCAGGUCCACCGUUCAAAGGGUCACCAUUUCCAGGUCUUCUUGCUCCGCUGUUACCCGGAGCAGCAAGUUCUGCUGCUGUCAGCGUUUCUCCUUCGACAUCUGCCACAAGUCAACGCGGUAGUCCGACACAACAAACGCUGGCGGCUACAGCUGUAGCUGCAACGGCUGCAGCAGCAGCAGCCCAAAGAGAAAGGCCGCUGGCUGCUGAUUCGCCGCCGAAAACGAACGGGCGAGACUGGGCCAUCGAUGUAUCCUGGAUUUCCGUUUCCACCAGGUUCUAUGUUUCAACCUCUAAUCGACAUGAGCAGUACGCAAGCUCUCGUACAAAUGAUGCGAGCUGCCAAAGAAGACAAAUGCAAACGCUGCUUAAAAACCCAUCAUCUCUGUCGCCGUCGGCAGCCACUACAAUUCUUCACAGUCCUCCAACCUCGUCGCUUAAUAUUCCAAAUACCAACUCCAAUGCGUCAUCUCUGGGGGGCCUGCCAACAUCGGCAGUUGCUCCUUUAACAAAACGUUCGUCUACUGAUAGUCAUCCUUUAGAUUUGAGUUCGGCGAAUUUGGCAAAGAGGCCAAAAAUGACCGAUAGGAUAGCAGGGAGUACGAAAUCCUCGGCCGAAGUAUCGCCUUCGAUGCCUGCGCGCAGAAUAGGUGUCCGGGGCCACCUCAUUGUGAAGGCGAUGUUGAACUGGCUUCGUGGGGCGUGGAAGACGUCUGCAAUUUGUUGCUGGGAUUGA